AUGCAAAGAAAACCCUACGAACUAAUAAAACAACUUGCAAUUUAUUCUUCCAAAAGCUUAUAUGGUUUAGCGACUAAACCUCUGCCUGGUUCUAGGCCAUCAUGUAACCAAAAUUGGGUCGAGUUCAUAUUCAACGGUCUAGAACUAAGUCAAAAUGAAAACAUGUACUCAUUUUCUUUGCAACCUAUACAAACUUUCUUAACUUUAGUGGUAGAUACUGCCGAUCCAAGUUCAGAGUCCACACUAAUUGUUAACAAAGAUGUAAUAAACAUGAACAACAACAACAGAUCCUCAGUAACACAGAAUGAACUACAGCAAGAUAAUAAUAGAAGUUACGAUAUUAGAUUGAAUGAAGGAUUAAAUUUCAUAGAAUUCAAGUGCAAAGACAGUAGUAAAACAAAAGAUGAGUCCAUGAAGUUUUGGGUUAAUGUGUUACCAUAA